UAGGAUUAUUUUCCUAUUUGAUAAGAGAUGAGGGAAUGGGGUCCCAGAGCAGCAGGGUGCUCAGCACCCCAUUUUGACUAACCUGGCGCCCCAGAAUCCUAGAAUAAGAAGACAGGCAGGGAAGGGCCGGGAAACAUGCCAUGCCGCCGUUUGAGGAGACAAGUGCGCACUGUCUGUCCUGGCCGGCUGCAGCGGCGGACCCGUCCCCAGCGGUGCACACGGCGGCACGCACACGGACAAACGGGAAGUGUCCCCCCCCCUCCUCCGUGCACGCGGCGGGAAGCGGCCCCGGCCAGGAGUUCAGGAGCGCCGCGCGCACCCGGUAGUGCACGCACGCGGCUGCUGGGUGGGGUGGGGUGGGGGGAGCGCCCGGCCGGGCACAGGGCGGGGGAGGGGGGACGGCUGCCGCAAUGCGCGCCUCCGCCUAAGCCUGUGUGCCCAGAUGGAGAGAGGGGGCGCCGUGUGCGAGCCGGCUGUGCAUGCGCGCCCCCGCCUGGGGCUAUAAAAGCCUCGCCACCUGCUGCCACUAGUGCGUCCAGUUGCCGGGAGAAGCCAGUUCACCUCCUCCAGCGGCAGCUCCUCUGGACAUGGACCCCGAGACCUGCCCUUGCCCUACUGGUGGUUCCUGUACCUGCAACGGCUCCUGCAAGUGUGAGGGAUGCAAAUGCACCUCCUGCAAGAAGAAUUCUGAUGGACAGCUAUGAUGGAGACCUUCUACCCUGGUCCAAACCCUCACCUCAAAACCUCAAGAACCUGGAGAAGGGAGUGGUGAAGCUAGGGGCUAGCUCUGGAGUUUGGGUCCCUUGGCCCCUCUCAGGCCUUUGAGGAUCUCCUCAGUUUGACCUCCCCCAAGUCUCCCUGGAAGCAGUGUAAUAUGCUUGGGGAGGAGGAGGUGGGAGUGUGUAAGACUAGCCAUAGAACCUCCCACCGUCUCCUGGAGCCCCUACCAUCUCUGUUCCUCCAAGUUCAUCCUUCAAGUCCCUUUUCAAGGCCAUUGUUUACCCUGUGAUGUUUUCCCCUAAAGGUCCAGCACUAACCCCCACCCCAUCCGUGGGACUCCCCUGCACCCACACAAGGGGCUGUGUGGGUAUCUACUGUAUCUACUGGGUACUCCUCCCCAGUGGUAGCCCAGCAUGAAACUGACAUGCCAUAGGUGCUGAGUCAAACUGCAGUGUGAGACUAGGAAGGGGGCAGUGCCUAGGCCCCUAGCACCCCUCCCUUCCCCUUUCCCUUUUGGUGGAGACAGAUGCAGGGAGAGGCCAUCAGACUGGGCAUUCCGCAUUUGAU